GCAUUGACAGUGACGACAGUCGUCAAGACAGCUCCGUGUGAGACAGAUGCCAGAUCAGGGAAACCCGCUUCAUUCAUCGCCGGGGAGCGAAGCGGGACGGCGGGGCUUGUUUUCGGGAUUCUCCGGCUCCGCUGAAGAGGAACCCGCUGACUGGAAAACAUGUCCGGCGACAAGGCGACGGGAUCCUGCAACAGGUUCCAGCCGAACAUCUUCAAUAAGAGCAAAUGUCAGAACUGCUUCAAGUCCCGGGAAGUUCACCCGCUGAACGACAGCGACCUGGAGCAGGCGAAGCCCAUCUACGCCGGCUGGUUGUGUUUGGCUCCUGAGGGAACGGACUUUGAUAAUCCCGCCCAGAGGUCCAGGAAAUGGCAGCGGCGUUUCUUCAUCCUGUAUGAACACGGCAGUCUGACGUACGCGCUGGACGAGCUGCCCAGCACUCUGCCACAGGGAACCGUCAACAUGAACUUGUGUACCGGCGUUAUGGACGCCGAGCUCCGGACCGGCCAGAGGAACGCGCUGUGCAUCACCACGGCGUCGCAGGAAGUCUUCAUCCGCGGCGACAGCAGAGAGAUUGUCAGCGGGUGGGGCGAGCAGCUCACUGCGUACCUGUCUGCUAACGAACAGCAGAAGAAGAAACACAGCGUUGACUCUGAGGCCAAUCAGAAGGACCCCAGCCCAGCAAACAUGGCCGCUGCCGGUCGGAGCAGUCCUGCAUCGGCGGCCGGCCCUGCAGGCCCAGAUGUGCCUCUGGUCCGGACCGUAACCAGAACCGACCCGCCUCCAGGUGGAGGUAAAGACGGAUCAGGCAACAGCGUGCCGACCCAGCCGGGCCCCACUACCUCAGUGACCUCUGUGACCCCUGUGACCCCUGUGACCUCAGGCCGCGCUGGACGCCUGGCUGGCUCGGUCAGCUCCCCGGAGUUAUCAGCCGCCGGCUGUUGCGACCAGAACCAGAUCCAGAGCAGAAGCCUGGGGCGCUCAGCAGAGCAGCAGCUGGGGCCGGAGCCCCGCAGCGGAGCGCAGAGAGGCGGAGGAGCCGACUGCGGGGCUGGCGCCGGGCCCGACCGGGCCGCCAGGCGAGAGAAACUGCGGUCGACGGGAGACGGGAGCCUGCUCAGCGUUCCCGCGCCUCAGAGGAGAACCCGGUCUCUGGACCGCCGCACGCCGGACAGCGCCACGGCGGCCAUGACGCCAGACCUGCUGAACUUUAAGAAAGGCUGGAUGAUGAAGCUGGACGAAGACGACGAGUGGAAGAAACAUUGGUUUGUUCUGUCGACGGCCAGCCUGAGAUUCUACAGGGACGCUUCAGCUGAGGAGGCUUCGGACCUGGAAGGAGAAAUCGACCUGUCGAAGUGCUACAGCGUGUCUGAGCAUCAGGUCCAGAGAAACUACGGCUUCCAGAUCCACACCCAGAAGGCCGUCUUCACGCUGUCCGCCAUGACGGCUGGAAUACGCAAGAACUGGAUCCAAGCGCUGAUGAAGAACGUCAACCCGGCCGACGCGCCCGACGUGGCCAGCUCACCUGGCCGCCGCCUCACCUGCAGCCCAGCUGAGGUCAGACCGGACGUGAUGCAUGACUCCGCCCCCACGCCCCCCGGCCCCGCCUCCAGCAGCGAUUCGGACCAGUCCAGGGCUGGCGCCGAAGCCCAGCUGGACGGCGGUCGCCUCGGUGACCGAGCGGCGUCCUACCUGGAGCUGGGCGACCUGGAGAGGCGCAGGCGGCGGCAGGAGAGGAGGCGGCGCUACGAGAGCCUGCUGGGCUUCUCUCUGGGUCGGGGCGGGCCGCGGGGCGGGCCGCGGGGCGGCGAGGGCGGGGCCACGCGACCUCUGAGCCCCCGGUCCCAGCUGAAGAUGGAGGAGCGGAUCGCAGAGUGCUGGAGGCAGGUGGAGAGGACGGUGCUGAGAGCAGAGAGGACGGUGGCGCUGCCCGCCGAGUCCAGAGACGCUCUGGAGAAGGAGACGCUGCUGCAGGGCUGCAGGACGCUGGUCGAUGACCUGAAGGCCCAGCUGGAGGAUUCGGAGCGUCGCAGACUCCAGCUGGAAGAUCGUCUCAGAGCCGCCGGAUUCUGUCCGGAGCAGCUGGACCUUCUGGUUCCGUCCGACCCGGUUUUCCACCCUGCAGAUGGGAGCUUGACUCCACUGAAUGAGCGGCAGCAGCGCAGCGACUCCUCGCCAGCUGCAUGUCUGUCCGGCAUCUGGAUGCGCCUCCCAGACGGAGAUUCAGCAGAAACGGGCAGUUUGGCUGCACCUGCAGCAGGCGGCCAGCAGGGGGCGCCUCAGGCCGACGGAGCGGUUCCAGGAUCCAGCUGCGGUUCCCACCAGCAGAACCAGCAGGAGUCUGAUGGGAGAGACCCGGACAGCCACGCUGCAGUGAAGAGUCUGUCCCAGGAGGUGGCGCUGCUCAGCAGCCAGAACCGAGCUCUGGACCAGCGCAACCAGGAGAUGCUGAACCAGCUGACCGAGGCGGACCGGGAGAUCGACCGGCUGAAGGCCGAGCUGGGCCGCUGCUACAACGAGCCGCUCCGCCAGAACCAGGAGCUGGAGACGCAGCUGGACCGGCGGAACCAGGAGCUGCUGGCGGCCCGGACGCUGGCCGCCUCCCUGGAGGAGAAGCUGAGGCAGACGGAGGUUCUGCUGCGGCCCGAACACUCAGCAGAACCAGACGGACCAGAACUGCAGCUGGAGCGGACCUACAGGAAACCAGAGCAGGAAAACACAGAGCUGAAGGAAGCAACAGCUGAAGAAGUCACUGAGGAGAAACCGGACCAGAACCAGAACCAGAACCAGGCUGUUUCUGCUGAAGAAAACAUCCAGGAUGUGAUAGCAGGAGCGGUGAUGAGGCUGCAGGGGUUGGCGCAGCUGCUGGAGGUCAUCGACGAUUUGGACCUCAGCGAGGAAGAGGAGGAAGACUUCUGGAAAUCCGUCCUGAACAAGAUGAAGAGCGACCCGACCCGGCUGCAGCAGCCAAUAGGAGAGCAGCUGUGUGCGGCGGUGCAGCGGCUGGAGAAGCAGCUGCAGCAGGCCGGCCAUGCGCUGCUGCACCCUGAGGAAGAGGAGGAAGAGGAAGAGGAGAGCUUCCUGUGGGGAAGAGCUUCAGAGAACCACAGAUUUACUAAUGAGCUGAGGAAGCUGAGAGGCGUCACUCUGAGCAGAAUAUCGUGUCUGAACCGCUUCGGCGCCUCCGGCCGCAGCGCCGCAUGCGAACGCCUGCAGUCGGCCGCAGACGGACUCUCUGCUUCCCACCUGGCAUCGAUGCUCCCUGCUGCGGCCGACGCAUUCUGCUGCGCUCGGCCCGGCAGGCUGCGGUCCAGAUACCAGAGGAGAGUCUGUUCCAGCUGCAGCGGCCGCAUGCAGGACAACCAGGAGCAGAACACCGGACCGGAGGCCGCGUGGGCCACAGAGGGUGCCCAGGUGAGCACCAGCUCCCAGACUGAUGGAGGUCAGAGGUCAACAGCAGCGGGGUCAGAGGAAACGCUGCACAUGGAGCAGAAUGAAGCUCCUCUGAUGAGGCAGCAGGAGACGCAGCAAAGCUCCGACCUCCGAGCCGAAGGGGAGACGCUGCAGGAGCUGCAGGAGGAGCUGAGGCGAGUGCAGGAGCAGCACCAGAGGGAGGUCGCUCAGCUGAAGGCCACCUGUGAGCGUGGCCUCGUCACCAUGGAGACCUGUCAUCUGAGGGUGGUAGAGGAGCUGCAGCGCCAGCACCAGCAGGAGGUGGAGCGCCUCCUGCUGGAGAGAGACAGACUGUUGGAGGAGGAGAGCGCUGCCACUGCGACCGCGAUCGAAGCCAUCAGGAAGGCCCACCGCGCCGAGCUGCAGAGGGAGAUCCAGAGGAGGAGCCAAUCAGAGAACUGCAACGGAAACUCACAGCUGGAGGAGAUCCACAGGGAGGAGCUGGCCUCCUGCCAGCGGGAGCUGGACGUUUUGUCCCAGCAGUUCUCCCUGAAGUGUCUGGAGAACGGACACCUGGUCCAGGCUGCGGAGGCCGAGAGGAAGGCCUUGGGUCAGUGUCAGCAGGAGAACCGGGCCCUGCGGAGCCGCAACCAGGAGCUGAGCUGUCACCUGGCGGCGGAGAUCACCAGGCUGUGUUCGGUGGCCAAGCAGGAGCAGCUGCUGCUCGGCCAGAGCAGGGACGGCUACGAGAUGGAGGUGAGCCGGGGUCAGGGGGCGAGCCGGGGGAAGGUGUCAUCGGGGAACCCGCUGUGUUCGGACCGGGUCGGUCCGUCCAAACCGCCGCCGCCUGAAGGGUUCCUGUACGUCCACACUGAGUCCGCCUCACUGCGCGGCGUGACGUACGCCCGGGUGUGUGGGCCUUCAUCCUUUCUCUAA